AUGGAGUAUAUAGACCUCUAUCAGCCGCACCGCAUUGACUACCUCGCGCAUCCGGAGGAAACUGCCCGCGCCCUGGAAGACCUGAAGGCGGAAGGGAAGAUUCGGCAUGUCGGUGUGAGCAACUAUUCGCCAGAUGAGAUCCGCGCUAUCUCCGCCUAUACCCGUGUGGAGGCAUUACAGACCCUAUUUCAUCUGCUAAGCCAAGAACCGUUGGAGGUUGGUUUAGCCGCUGUCUGUUUAGAAAAGAAGAUGAACGUUCUCUGCUACAGUCCGCUUGCAGGCGGGCUUCUCACCGGAAAUAAACCGCUGCCGCACGCCUUCGAUCAGGGAUAUGGCGAUUGGCAGGAGCAGCGGGAGCAGGGUGUGGUAGCGCAGGUGAAGAUAGUCGCUGAUCGAUAUGGCGUAACGCCGGGGCAGAUCUCACUGGCGUGGCUGAUGGCACUCCCCGGCGGAGUUAUCCCACUUGUGGGCACGGGCAACCCCGACCACAUUGAAGAGGGCGCGAAAGCUGCUGACAUUGAGUUGGCUCGCGAUGAUUGGUAUGAACUGACAGUAAUUGGUCGUGGGCGUCGGAUGCGGUGGCGAGGAAGACCCUAUGUCUACCUGAAGGAUCGGUAA